AGCCGAAUUGGCUCAAUACAUUGAGAUUCGGUGGAUCCUGUGCGACCCGGCGACGCGCAGAAUCAGCGAAGUCUCCGCCUGCUCCUGCAGCCCGUGCGAAAAGGCGAUGACGGUGGUGGGACCGGUUCGAAGCUUGUGCCAGCAUGCAGAGGUCCAGCAGAGCAGUCACGGUUCCGGGGAGGAGCUGGGUGGCCUGAACAGGGCGACGUUCGUGGAUAAGAGGUGGGAGAACGCCGUGGCGUACCUCCGCGCCAACGGCCUCGCCACGCAGGAAGAAGACGGUGGAUUUGCACCUGGCCAGGAGGCUCACCAUCAACGGCCAGGAGCUGGACGACGCCCAGGCGGACGAGGACCCGAGGUUCCGCGGCAUGGCCGGCGGGAAGGGUCAGAACGGCAGGCGCGCCGACGUGAUGGAGGACUGGGUCGGAGUGGUGGACGCGAUCACGCUGAGGCGCUUCAAGUGGGCGCUUGCCCUGCUCCUGGCGGUAGCCUCCUUCGUUUACGGGAUCUGGGUGGUCUUCGUCAAGUACGUCGGGAUCUUGGACCUCUUCACCUGGCCCAUCAUCUUCGCGCGGGCGGGGGGGAUGGGCACCGCGAUCAUCACUGGUCUGAUGUACUUGACUAUGGCAAAACUCUGAUGAAGCAGUUCUACAGGGUCUUGGACGUCAACAGCAAGAUGCUGAUGGUGCUUGAUGGCCACAAGGAUGUCCACAUCUUCCUCGCGCGGUGCCUCGUCGUAACUGCGGCGGUCCACGUUGUGGCCCACCUCCUCUCCACCGUGCCGGCGCUGCGCUACGGAAGCGCCGCCGAGCUGAACGCCGUCAUCGCGUGCGCGAGCAGGGACGCGAAGCUGGCGAACAUGCCAUCCUUCGCCUGGCUCCAGUGGCCCGCGUGCCCGCUCUCCACUGGGCAGAUGGGCUGGUCCGUGCUCUUCCAGUCCACGCCUGGGGUCUCCGGGCUGGUGCUCGUCGCGCUGCUGCUGCUGCUCGGCUGGACGGGACGCGCCCGCGCCCGCCACUCGGACUUCGACCGCUUCUGGUACGCACACAACGCCGUGCUGCUGGCGUGGCCGGUGACCAUGUUUGUCCACGGCUCGAACCAGUGGAUCGGGGUGGGCUUCCCGCUCGUCGCGUUCACCGCCACGCUGCCCAUCGGCCUGUACCUGGUGGACAGGGUCGGGCGUCUGCUGCGCUUCUACGUGUUCGGCGGGGCGGUGGGGAUCGCUCACGCCGUGAUCCGGCCCGGCAAAGGUGGAGGCCCGAGCGGGGCGCUGACCAACCUGGCGAUCACGAAGCCGACGGGCCUUUGGACCUUCGCGCCAGGUAUGUACGCGUUCGUCAACAUGCCCGACUAUGCCCCGAACCAGUGGCACCCCUUUACCAUUUGCUCUGGCAAGUACGACGAGCACGUCGAGUUCAUCAUCGCCGGCGUGGGCGACUGGACACAGGAGCUGGCCUCCAGGUGCCUCGAUGCCCAGGACGGCUCCGCGCCGCUGCCGCGCGUCCGGCUCGACGGGCCCUACGCGGCCCCGGCGCAGAGCGCGCUGUCCCGCCCGAUCCUCGUCGCGGUUGGCGCCGGCGUCGGCAUCACGCCCUUCCUCUCGCUGAUGUCCUCCCUCAUCUCCCUGAUCGAGGACAGCUCGGAGGCGGAGGAGCGGGCGCUGCCCCUAAAGGAGGCCCACUUCUUCUGGAUGACCCGCAGCGUCGACGAGUUCCUGUUCGGGAGGAAGCACUUCACCCGCAUCGCGCAGUCGGAUCGCUUGCGCCAGAAGGUCCACCUGCACCUGCACACGACCGCGCGCGAGGCAGAGGGCGACGCGGCCGCCUACCUCUUCCGGCAGGCGGUGAAGCGCCAGAGCAGGGCCGACAGGGCGGCGUUCCGCGAGGAGUUCGACGCCCAGAGGGUGCUCACGGCGCCGCAGCUGCCUUGGUGCUGGGUCAACAGGUCGGAGCUGGACGUGCUGUGGCUCAGCGACCUCACCACGGCGAGCCACGACGAGGGAGAGGCCGGCGCGCCCGAGCCAGCCGCCGAGGAGCGCCCGCCCGACGCCAUGCCCAGCGCCAGGUCGCCGGGCCGCUCCGCCCCGCCGCCGCUCGAGGCGAGUCCGCGGGCGGACUCCCAGCAGACGUCGCUGACCUCGGCGCCAAACGGCCACGCGCUCGCCCAGCCGCCGCAGCGCUCGCCGCCGUUGGCGACGCCCUCGAGCGCAAACAGCGCGCCGGCCCAGCGGAUGCGGGCCGCGCCCUCGCAGGACUGGGCGGAGGGCCUCCUGCGCAGCCGUAGCCGCUUCCGCGCGGACUCGUGCGCUUCGAGGGCCCUGCGCUCCGCAGCCAGCCUGGGGAGGCUCGGCGGGGCCGACAGUGCGGCCAGUCCAGGGGGCGGCGCGGCGCCGGCCGAGCCGCUGGUGCCGGUUGCGUUCGGCAGGCCCGACUUCGAGGCGGAGUUGAGGGCGAUCGGGAGGCAUUGGGGCUGCCAGGAGAAGGUCCACAUCUAUGUCUGCGGCAACGACGCCAUCGUGAAGGGUCUGAGGGGUACCGCCGAGGUCCUGAACGCGGAGGCGCGUGCGAACGCCAAGAAGGCGCUCCCGUCCUCCCAGAAGUUCGUCGUGACGUACGAGCGCUUCGGUUAGACGUUAGAUCGCUCGAACGCGCUCCGCGUGCGCAGGGUGCGGAGGUCACCGAUCGCUCUCUGGCACGUGCCCAAAUGGCGACGCCCGGACUGUGCGGCGGCCUCGCGGAGGCGCAGUUACCCAACGCUCGCAUGCCAUUCGGCGUUGCUCCUCCACGACCAUGGGGCCCAAGCUCCUUGUCGUCGUUGCUGGAUGCUCUCUCCACCCCCCCCCUCGCACGCUCCCAGCUACCCCUUCCCGCCUCCUUCUCCCUCCCUCGAGUCAUUCAUCACAGACCCCCUGUGCACAACGGACCCAAGUUCCCGUGAUUCUAGUUGUUGUUCCAGCCGUCCGUUCUCCAGUACCCGUCUGGCGCGGCGACGUUGGCAGAUACCAGGUUUAAACAAGUUUUAGCAACGAUGCGCCCGUGCUCAGAUCGAAGAGGGUUACAAGAGCCCGUCGUCUGACCACACCGAAGGACGCCUGCCGACUCUACACACGUAGCCAGAAGUGCGACGCCGAAAACAGACCCCCUCCCUCGGAUGGCACCAGCUAUACGACAACACCGAUCCUGUCCAGGCAGCACCUUGGCCAGGCGUCCUCCCACUUCCGAAUACGAGAAGACAUGAAUUUUUGGCGCUCCGCGCGGAGUUCUUGGAUAUCCGCGCUGGGCCCCUCGGCGGCGCCUCGGGCGCCGCCCCCUGGCGCG